AAAUGCAAACUUUUAAAAAUGAUCUGUGGAGCUGAGAUCACGUUUCUUAUUGCUGCUAUUUUGUCCCUGAAUUUUGAGCUCUGUUUUUGCUCAUGUGCCCGCGCUGAGUAUGAGAUAGAUGGAGAAUGCUGUCCCAUGUGUGCACCUGGAAAUCGUGUUUACAGGCACUGCACUGCGGAUAUAAGCACUACUUGUGUUUCAUGUCAUGACUCAACUUUCAUUGAUGCACCAAACGGACUCAGAGACUGCUUUAGCUGCACAGUGUGUGAUCCUGGUCAGGGUUUAAGAGUAAAGACUCCCUGCACUCGAUCAUCAGAUACAGUCUGUGAGCCACUAGAUGAACAUUACUGUACUGAUCAACACAGAGGCAGCUGUAUACUAGCAGAGAAACACACAAACUGCAGCACUGGACAAUAUAUAAAGCAUAAAGGAACAGCAUUUAAAGAUACAGAAUGUGCUGAAUGUGCAGAUGGUACCUUCUCAGAUGGUUCUUUUCAGACUUGCCAAACACAUUCAAAAUGUGAAGAUCUGGGACUUACAGAAAUAAAGGCAGGAACACUUUCUUCUGAUGCUGAAUGUGGAAAUAAAAGUCCAGCUGGUCUAAUACCUGGAAUCAUAGUUUCUAUUAUAAUAAUUGUGGCUGUGGCUAUGGCAGUAACGGUUAUCAUGUUAAGGUGUGGGAGUCUCACAUGCAGGAAAAAUAAGCAAAAAACAACGAAAAAGUCAGACAAUCACAUCUAUCUUUUAUGUAUAACUCGAACACACAAAGAUGACCUCAAGUGAGUCCCCAGCUGUGACCUUGCUGGGAAUCAAUCUCAGGAGCGGGUAAAGACUUUUAUGGCAGAUGAAGACUCUCAUGCUGAACAAUGUGGUCUAAACCCUGCUUCAUAUGGGGAAAAUAUUGCGGGACAAUCUCUGCUGAACAGUAGAAAAGACUGCUUAUGAUUCUGAACAAGGUGGACUGAACCCCCGAAAAAGAGGUUCAGGACAAAACCCUUCCAGCCCUGCACUGAAUAACUGUACACACUAGGUUAAUGGGAUCUGUAGCUUAUUCUGUGACCAUAAUAAUCUGAAAGUUUACACUAAUCUUGACACUACCAGUGCACGUAAUAGGUCAGGUCAUUACAUUUUGUAAUAAAUCCAUUAACUUUUCAUGCCAAAAAAGCAGGUUGUGCCUGACAAAAUAACAAUUAUUAUUCUAACUAAAUGUGUAACAUUUAAAAUAUGAAUCAUGAGAUAAGCUGUCAUUCUUCUCUGUAGCUAGUUAGUGUAAUUACACUACAAAUGAAUAGACUCAAGGAUGUUUACCUUUAUUAACAUCAGUUUCAGAGAAGUACAGAGUCAAAGCUGUCUUCGAGGAUUAAUAGAG